UCUAAUUUUUUUUUACGUUUCUCAUUACAUCAGAACGUCAGUAGUUAUCGUUCUAAAUACAUUAACUCAAAGAUGUGUUGUGAUGCAAUGUAUACGAAUUUGACGGACUGCCGAGGAAACCUAGGACUCACAGUGCUUUAAUAUCGGUUUUCUUCGCGUUUUGGGCAGUUACCAAAGAGAUAUGGCGCAAAGGUUUCCUGUACCUAAUGCAGGGAAUAAUGGCCCACCGCAACAAAGAUAUGCAGCAUCGUCUGUACCUCCAAAUUUACGACAGUAUUCAGGCCCAAAUUUUCCUAUGCAACAAAGAUCUGGGUUCACACCACCUCCACAGAUGGCUGCCACCGGGCCUGGUCCAGCUAGUAUAAUAAGAGCGAACCAGCCUUACUCCAAUAUGCGUCAAGGCCCGAUGCCUACUCCCCCGGUUGGGAAAAGAAGUGCGGAUCAACGUAUACCCAUGUCACAGCAGAAACCGUAUUUUUGGAACAGUGAUUUUUCACAUUCCACAUCCAAGAAGAAGAAAAAGCUGGCGGACAAAAUAUUGCCGCAGAAAGUGCGCGAUUUGGUGCCCGAAUCGCAGGCUUACAUGGAUCUACUCGCAUUCGAGAGGAAGUUGGAUGCAACCAUAAUGCGGAAACGGCUGGAUAUACAAGAAGCCCUCAAACGUCCUAUGAAACAAAAGAGAAAGUUGCGAAUAUUUAUCUCCAACACCUUCUACCCGGCGAAAGAGGCUGGCGAAGGAGAAGAGGGGUCUGUCGCAUCAUGGGAACUCAGAGUCGAAGGACGGCUCUUAGAGGACACCAAAAACGAUCCUAACAAGGUGAAGAGGAAGUUUUCCUCGUUCUUCAAAAGCUUAGUUAUAGAAUUGGAUAAAGAUCUGUACGGACCAGACAAUCACUUGGUCGAAUGGCACCGUACGUUAACGACGCAAGAAACUGAUGGUUUCCAAGUGAAGAGACCCGGAGAUAAAAACGUCCGGUGCACCAUUCUUUUGCUACUCGAUUACCAGCCCUUACAAUUUAAAUUAGAUCCCAGAUUAGCACGACUGUUAGGUGUACAUACGCAAACGAGACCCGUCAUCAUUUCCGCGCUCUGGCAGUACAUAAAAACCCAUAAACUUCAAGACAGCCACGAAAGAGAGUUCAUAAACUGCGAUAAAUACUUGGAGCAAAUAUUUGCUUGUUCGAGAAUGAAAUUCGCGGAGAUACCACAGCGUCUAAAUCCGUUGCUUCAUCCGCCUGAUCCAAUUGUAAUUAAUCACGUAAUUAGCGUAGAAGGUACGGAAACUAAGCAAACCGCGUGCUACGACAUAGACGUCGAAGUGGACGACACGUUGAAAACGCAAAUGAACAAUUUCCUGCUGUCCACUGCGAGUCAACAAGAGAUUCAAAGCCUCGACAACAAAAUCCACGAAACGGUCGAGACGAUCAAUCAGCUGAAAACGAAUCGAGAGUUUUUCUUAAGUUUCGCCAAGGAUCCUCAGCAGUUUAUCAACAAGUGGAUCAUAUCCCAGACGAGGGAUUUGAAGACUAUGAUAGACGUCGUUGGGAAUCCGGAAGAGGAACGCAGGGCGGAAUUUUAUUAUCAACCCUGGGCUCAGGAGGCUGUUUGCCGAUACUUCUACACGAAAGUUCAACAGAAGCGCGCGGAGUUGGAGCAGGCGCUUGGUAUUAGGAACUCAUAAGCGUUAUCGAAAUACAGUAAUAAUUUUGAGACAUAACUAUGUAAAGUAUUUAUGCGAAUCUUUUUCUUAUUCCAAUUACAAUGUGUCUUGCGCUUGACUUGCCAAUUUAAAACGAGGAGAAUAAGAAUCUGUGUGGGACACGUUUACAUAUACCGAAUGGCUGCAGACGAAGCGAAGAACACGACCCUCCUUGACAGUUAAUAUUUUGUAAAAUAACGCGAUCGAAAGUAUAAUUUUAUGUCGAAAAGACGAUAUUUUUGUAACGGUAUACGCAAAUAGAAAAUGUUUUAGCGUAUACAUUUCUUUUUGUCGUUGUUCGGUAUACAUAAACGCACCUUUAAAUUACCUACUAUUUUCACGUCCUAUUUGUAUCUUUCAAAUCGCGUCAUGAAUGCAGGAAUUUCAUUUUGCAAUCGGUGUAGAGGUGUCUUUCUGUCUUAAGAGUGUCGUGGAUUGAUUUGAUUUAGUAUUACGCGAGAACAUUCCAAGCAUUCACACGUGACAAGAAAUUCCAUUACAAUGGUAUACAUUGAAUCACCUUCUUCUUUUGUACGAGACAUUUUCAAUUUCUUGUAAAUGAUUCACCGAGAAAACGAUGUUGAAAUACAUUAUUACAAUUGGAUAAGAUUUUCUUCUUACUUUCGAGACACUAAGCCGUAAUGAUAUACAAAACAUUCUUCGCACGCUAACAAACAUUACGUUUAAAGCACCGAUCACGCUCUCUUAAUUAGAUGAUGCAUCCGAAAUGUCAAUCAAUAGUACGCAUACGUGUUAAAAAUUUGUUCGAAAGGAGAAGAUAACAUUUCAUAUGCAUCGACUUAACACCUUAUCGCAUAACGUAGAACAAAAGAACAAAGAUUUUGAUAGCGUUACUUGUUCCGAUUAUAAAAUUUAAAAACUUCAUAAUUUCGAUUCGGUGAACAUAACUCUAUCGAAGAUCGCAUAUUCUUUACAACACUAAAUCACAAGUGCACGAAUUGAUUGUAUUUUUUUUCUAAUACGAUAAGCUUUGAUUGAAGUUUGGCGUAUUCGUUCGAUGGUUGAAGUAUCAUUCACUCGUCCAAACGGACCGAACACGCCAUCGAUUGCACGCACGAGAUCAAAGUUUAUCGUAU